AAUCAUACCCAGUCUCUCCUUAAUGAACACACACCAGCAGGCAAAAUGGGCAGCAAUGGCACAAGCAAUACAAUCGGCAACUGCAGUAACACAAGCGUGCCAUUUCAGUACUCUCUCUACGCAGCCACGUAUAUCGUGGUCUUCAUCCCAGGCCUUCUGGCCAACAGUGUAGCCCUCUGGGUCUUGUACCGCUUCAUCAGCAAGAAGAACAAGGCCAUCAUCUUCAUGAUCAAUAUGUCUGUGGCUGACCUUGCCCAUGUUCUGUCGCUGCCACUGCGGAUCUAUUACUACAUCAACCACCAGUGGCCCUUCCCAAAGUUCUUGUGCCUUCUCUGCUUCUACCUGAAAUAUCUCAACAUGUACGCGAGUAUCUGUUUCCUGACAUGCAUUAGUCUUCAGCGGUGCUAUUUCCUCCUCAAGCCCUUCAAGGCCCGCAAUUGGAAGCGCAGGUACGAUGUGGCCAUCAGCGCCAUCAUCUGGGUUGUCGUAGGAACUGUCUGCUUGCUCUUUCCCAUCCUGAGAAGUGCUGGCCUGGCCAACAGGCACCAAAAUGCUUGCUUUGCUGACCUGGGAUACACGCAGAUGAACGUGGCCCCCACGGUGACAAUGAUCAUGUUGGCUGAGCUGGCUGGCUUUGUGGUUCCUGUCGUCACCAUUGCCUGGUGCACCUGGAAAACAGUGAUAUCUUUGCAGCACCCACAUGUGACCUACGAAGGGGUUGCCGAGAAGCAGAAGGCUCUUCGGAUGGUCUUCUUGUGUGCCGGGGUCUUCUUCAUCUGCUUCACGCCCUAUCAUAUCAACUUCCUUUUUUAUACUUUGGUGAAGGAAAAAGUUAUCACUAACUGCCCCAUCAUUCAAAGCACACUUUAUUUCCACCCUUUCUCCUUGUGCCUCGCAAGUCUGUGUUGCUGCUUAGAUCCCAUCCUUUAUUAUUUCACGACUUCUGAGUUCCGUGACCAACUCUCCCGCCAUGGCAGCUCUGUGAUUCGAUCACGGCUCAUGAGCAGGGAGAGUGGCUCUUCGAUGAUGAGCUAA